GUCGCGAGACGGCAUAUUGUUCAAAAUUGUGUUUUGGGAAUCUGUCACUUGUCAGUGUCAUAGGGAUCAUGUUUAUUGUUUCGCCAUUAUGCCCAUUACCUACUUGCUCUGUGUUUCGAUAUACUUACCGAGUAUAAUAUGAUUAUUCUCAUAAGACAUAAAAUACCUAUAUUAGUCUCCUGUGUAUCUCCUCUCCAUAAAAUAAAUUAAGGGCUCGAAACAAAGGCUCGAAUCUCGAUGAUUUCCUGGGACUCAUUAUUGUGAUGUCUUAUUUAAAUUAUAAAUGUGUGGUUUGCGGCAAAAGGCGGUACCCAAAUUCCAAUAUUUCUUUAUUUCGCUUUCCACUUGAUCCAGACCGAUGUCGGUUAUGGGUUAAAUUUAUUAGCAAAGAGGAUCUUGCAUAUGUGCCAAUUGAAAAACUUCACGAAAAGAGGUUUGUUUGUUCAUUGCACUUUUCUCAAGAUGCUGUUAAUAGUAAACAAAAUCGCUUGAAGAAAUCUGCAAUUCCAACAUUGGAUUUACCACAUCCUCCGCUUACAGAUGAAAUUCUGAAAGAUUUUCCUUUACAUGUGUUAAGUAAACAGCCAAAACCAGCACUAGAAACUAAAACAGUUCCGCUAAUGGGUAGCACCAGCAGCAACUUACAAAAAGAUGAUAGCAGUGCAUUAUCUAAAGUUACCAAAUUAAGUGAUAAAAAAAAUGUUGAAGUUCAAACUGCUUUUAAAAUGCCCGAAGCUGCAGUGGUGGUUCAGAGUAAUGAGAGUUCAAAAAUUUGCAAUGGAACAAAAGUUCAAACUGCUUUUAAAAUGCCCGAAGCUGCAGUGGUGGUUCAGACUAAUGAGAGUUCAAAAAUUUGCAUUGGAACAAAAGUUCAAACUGCUUUUAAAAUGCCCGAAGCUACUGUGGUGGUUCAGAGAAAUGAGAGUUCAAUAAUUUGCAAUAGAACAAAAGAUAAUACCGGGCUGACUGAAAGGGAAAACAACUUGUUAAAAAAAUUACAAAAUGCGAAUGUGACAUUAAAAGAUUUGGCAUCUUCAUCUUUGAAUUUCGAAAAAAUUGAUGCGUUUUUAUUAAAGUCAAUUGUAAUUAAUGCAAUAGCAAAUGAAAAAAAAAGUCAACCUGGAAAGCAUGGUAAUAUUGACUUGAAAAAUAAAAUAAAAACGUUCAAACAGAAAGGGUAGGUAGAAAUAAUUUAAUGGUUUUAAGUCACAUGUACAUAAAAUCCCCCAAAUAAUAAAAAGGAAUGGAAAAAAAUUAUAAUGAACAUAAUUCGGCGGCUUCGAGUUUCGAAUAACCGCUCGCUAUUCUCUUGCUAUGGAAACGAAAAGUAUAGAUGUUGAACUUUUAAUAUAUUUUGUCGAAAAUCUGCCAGUUCUGUUUCGAAACUCUCGAAAACAAAGAUAAAAACUUAAGAAUUGCCUGGCGAGAAAUAUCU